AAUCAGCAAAAAUAUUCUUGUUUAACAUUUAACUUUGUAUCUAUAACAAAACAUGAAACUACGACUGUCCAAGGUUGGUAGACGUUUGCUGUACUUGACUGUGUUUGCCUUUGGUUUCGCCUUCUUGGCCGUUCAGUGGAAAAGUUCGGAUCAAACUCACGUCAAUGACGAGCUAUUUUAUAGCAUUCUGCACUUCUUUGAUUCCUUUUCACCACUGUACAUUGAACAUAAGGAUAUAAAAACUUAUGACGAUUAUGAUAAUAUGCAGCUGCCUUUUUAUUUUCAAAAGAAAAGACUUGUUCCAAAUAUUGACUGUCGUCGACUUUUUGACCACGACAGGAUGGAAAUUGAGAAAGCAGCUCAAUUAAAUAAAAAUGUCGUCGGGUCAGGUUUGUCUUUUCAGGAGCUAACAAAAGACUGCACCAGAUUCAGAGAAGAUAGAGGAUAUAUCAUGGAUUCUUUAACAGACGAGGAAAAACGUUUCCCUAUAGCGUACACCAUUCUACUGUUCAAGAGCCCGUGGCAAUUUGAAAUUCUAUUACGAGCAAUUUACCGGCCGCAAAACUUUUAUUGUGUUCACAUUGAUAAAAAAGCAUCAAACGACAUUUUCGACGAAAUUGCAAGCAUAAUCAGAUGUUUUCCAAAUGUGUUUUUGGCUCCUGAGAGGAUUAAGGUGGAAUGGGGGACGAUAAGUGUUCUGACACCCGAAAUACAGUGCAUGGAAGCUUUGCUUAAACAUAAGUGGAAAUAUUUUAUAAAUUUGACAGGUCAAGAAUUUCCCCUCCGUACAAACUACGAAUUGGUGAGGAUACUGACAAUUUUUAAUGGUUCAAAUGAAGCAGAGGGCUUGAUGAAUUGGAAUGCAGACGUUGAGCGGCGCUGGUCAUCUGCGGGGACGCCACCACACAAUAUCCAUCUUAUUAAAGGGGCAGUCCACGUGACCCUUAAUAGAGAAACAGUAGAAUAUAUGGUUAAUAAUCCAAUAGCAAAAGAGUUCUUGAAAUAUUUACAUAAAACAGAGAUUCCAGAUGAAGUCUUCUUUGCUUCUCUGACUCAUAAUCCUCAUCUUGGAGUACCUGGAUUUUUUAAAGGACACAUGGAGAAAGAUCAAUCUGAUUUUGCAGUAACAAAGCCGUAUCUGUCUCGCUACAAGGUUUGGAGGAAUACACGCUGUUCUUGCCAUGGUCAGUUCGUCAGGAGUGUUUGCAUAUUUGGAGUCGGUGAUCUUCCGGUCUUAGCACUACGCCCUGAGUUUUUUGCCAAUAAGUUUUAUAUUGACUACCAACCAUAUACCUUGAGAUGUAUGGAUGAAUUAAUUUUUAAUAGAACAAAAGACGAAUAUUACCGACGAUUGGAAUUCAAAACGGAUUAUUACCAAAAAUUACAGUAUAUAAAGAAUAUUGUAUAAGACGAUGGGAUUCAAAAAGAUCUUAUAAUCCAAUAGCUCUGCUUGAUUUGUCAAUUUCAAGUCCUUCAAAAGUUUGCAAAGAGCUAUAUGCGGUAUAAGCAUAUUUCUGCCGAAAUGAACGCAAAAUUUUGAAAAUCUCUAGAAAUGUAUAUAAUUGUAUAUAUUGUGUGAAAAUCUGAAUCAAUAAAAAUAUAAUAGUUUGGAAGAAGAUCA